AUUUGGUCUGUGCACUACCGAUGCUCACAGCAUGUGGUCUAAUGAUCUGGAAGGUCUAAGUCUAGUCAAUCUUUCAUCCGGUUCAUCAACACUAUGUUGAAAACCUUUCUUGAUACUGACAUUAGUGGGACUUCUCUGUAGUUCUCAGAUUUGCUCAGAUCUCUUUUCUUUGAUAUGUUGAUGAGUCAUCCUUUCCUUCAGUCUGUUGGCAGUUGUUCUUCCUUCUAAAUCUUUCUGAAUAAAACAUGGAGCAUCUUUCCACUUAAUUGUAUAUCUGUUAUAGCUUGUGACUGCCAAUUAGGGAGCAGUGACUUAUCGAUCGAAUCAAUGACGCGCAAACGCGUAUGAACAGCCUAGAGUCCUGAUCGGUCUUGCAGACCACAACGUACUAUAAAAUAGAAAACAACAUUUAUACAUGGCCAAAUGUGGCUGUGAAUAUGGGAGGCAGUGAAUAAUAGACAGGACAUAAUUCAAGAAUGGUAAAACGUAUAAUAAUGUUCCAUGAGUCAAAAUAAAGCUUAUAAUAAGAGGAAUAUGAAUAUGAAUAAUUUAGUUAAUUAACAAUUAUACGAUAAAAAAUAUACGUGUAGUAUUGGUCCAUAAAUGGAUCCCAAAGUUACCAUUCAUUAUGCUUAUCGGGAUCUAACAAUAUCAAACUUCAAUGUUUCACUUCAUAUAUUAUCAGAUCCUACUGCUUACCUUAAUCCAACUUCAAAAAACAAAAAAAACAAGAAACUCAUCUCCCUUUUAACAUUUCCACAUAUUCUCAAUUAUACUUUCACAUAGAACUUUCUUUAAUUAUUCAACUAGUUGUCAUCCCAUUUUUUCUUCUUUUCUUUGCUCUCAGAUUUUUAAUUUUUCACUUGACCUCAUUUUAUUUAUGUAUCACUAGUAUACCUAUAUUUUUCUUUUCUUUUUUCAGAAAAAAAUUAUUAUUUUUGGCACCGUAUUAUGGUUCGAUUGAAUGAUAAGUGAUCUCAUGUGUAAAAAUUGUCUCCUUUCUCUUUUCCUUUUUUCUUUUCUUUCUCUAUUUUCGUUUUCAUUUUAUUUUUUUUGACUGUUUAUAUUACUUAAAUAAGUAAAAGCUAAUUCAUUCGCUUUCUAUUCUCGUUGGUUAUUUAUUAUUAACCAAUCAUAUUACAUUGAUUAUAUUAUUUAAUAAAUCAUUAUCAAUAUAUUUAUAGUGGAUAUAUUUCACUUAUAUAUAAUAAUGAUAUUUCAUUAUUAACAUAUAUAUAUGUAUACAAUAUUUAUUUCUAUUAAAUAUGAAUAAUAUUUCAUUAUCAUUAAUUAUCAAUAGUGAUAUUACUACUAAAACUACUUAUAUGAAUGUUAGUAGUAUUCUAACAAAUCCUAUGAAUACAAAUACAUGUAUUGAUCAUUAUCCAUGGUUAGAAUUAUUUCAUCAAAAUUAUCAACGUAUACAUGUUUAUUUAUGUUUAAUAUUAUGUCCAAUCGGUGUGAUAGCAAAUACAUUAAAUGUAAUUGUAUUAUGUCAAACACGUUUACGUAGUCCAACUAAUUUAUUAUUAACUGUAUUAGCUGUUAGUGAUGGUUUUGUUAUGUUUAUCUAUAUUAUAUUUGAUUAUUUUUAUUUAAUGACACCAAGAUUAAUUAUUGGUAUGUCUAAAUCUUAUGCACAAUUAUUAUUAAUUAAUAUUGUAUUACAAAAUUUAUUUCAUACAUUCUCUGCAUGGAUUAUAGUUGCUGUUGCUAUAUUUCGUUUAAUUUAUAUUAAAACUGGUGUUAGAGCUGCUAUUUAUUGUAAUAUGUUUAAAGCAUGGAUUAUUAUUAUAUUAGUAUUGAUUAGUUCUAUAUUAUUAACUAUACCAUUUAUGAUUGCACAUCAAGUACGUAUAAAAUCAAAUAAUCAAUUAUUAUUAAUGAAUUCUUAUAAUAUAAUCAAUAAUCAAUCAGAUACAAUAAUAUUCAAUCAUUAUAAUAACAGUAUAAUCAAUAAUCAAUCAGAUACAAUAAUAUUCAAUCAUUAUAAUAACAGUAUAAUCAAUAAUCAAUCAGAUACAAUGAUAUUAUAUGAAGUUGAUUAUACGACAAAUAUAAAUCUUAGAAUAAUAUUAUUUUGGAAUUCAGCAAUACUUGUUAAAGCAUUACCAAUAAUAAUAAUGACAACAGUAAGUACAGCAUUAAUAUUAUCAAUUAGAGAAUCAGAGAAACGUUAUCGUAUAUUAAGAAGAUAUCGUCAUUGUAAAAAUAUUCAAAUGACAAUAGAAACAACACGUGUUGAAAGUUUUAUUCAGAAUAAUGAAAAUAAUAAUGAUAAUGAUAAGUCAAUAACAAUACAACGUUCAAAGCAUAAAUCAAAUUCACAUCCUGAAACAUAUUCUGGUGGACGUAGUGCAAAUCAAACUACAUAUAUGUUACUUACUAUUAUUAUGUUAUAUAUAUUUACAUAUUUACCACAAUCUGCUUUAUUGAUAUUAAACAAUUUUCAAGGUGGAUGUUUCAGUGCAACCGUUUAUGAAAGAUUAGGUGACUUUUUGGAUUUCUUAACAUUAAUUAAUAAUGGUUUAAAUUUUAUUUUAUAUUGUGUUAUGUCAAGACAGUUUAGAUAUACAUUUUUACAAUUAUUUUGCCCAUUUCUUAAUUUGUAAUAUGUUUUAUGCAAUAUCUAUCUAUCUGCUUAUAGUGCAAAUGAUUAGGAAAACUGUUGUAUAUGUACAGACAAAUAUAUACAUACAUAUAUAUAUAUAAACUCUUGUG